GCUCCUAUGUACCCAAAUUUUUUCCCCGCUAAUGUGCCGGGACAAGCGGUAUCGUCGUCUCGGGUUACCGAUUCGGCCGAUGAGAAACAUUUCUUUCUCUCAUAGGGUUUUACUUCACCCGCAGACGAGCUCGAACGCAUCGUCAUGGCGAAUUCGCGGGUGACGAUUGGCUUUCUGCUUCCUCUUCAAAGCAAUCUCACAGUGGAUGAUUCAGCACCAAGAAUUUCAGUUUUUGAAGGAGUCAAUUUUGUAGGACGUAAUAACAUAACAAUGCCCGACAAGAGAGUUAGCCGUAAGCAUAUUAGUCUUCAUGGUUCAAGUGACGGCAUUGCUGAACUUACUGUAGAAGGUCCUAACCCAGUCAUUUUUAAAUCUGGGGGUCAAAAAAGGAAGUUGAGCUCCCAAGAAAAACUCUUUGUUGAUGACGGUGACAUUCUUGAGUUGAUUCCGGGUAGUCAUUUCUUCAAGUAUGUUAGAGCAAGUGGUAAAAAUGUAUUCUUUUCAGAAAGAGAUUUAGUUUGCUCAGAUAAGGCUCUUAAACGAGCAGAGAAGGAGGUCUUAGUUUAUGAUAAAAAUUAUCAAAUUCUUCAAGAUGAAGCUAUUGCAAGAACGUUGCAGAAUUUGGAGGACAGCAAGUUGCUCGAAGUGAAGCUUUCAGUUGUUUCUACAUCUCAGUCUUUUCUUCCAACGUCAGAUCCGGUUAGUGAUGCUGAAAUUAGGGUUUCUUCGAAUAGCGUGGCAGAAUUUAACAAAUUUGAUGUUUCCGAAGAUAGUUUAUCUCUUGUCUUCCGGCUAAUGCGAGUAGAAGGUCUUCCUGAAUGGGCAAAUGAAUGUUCAAUUGCUAUUAAUGAUGUUAUAGAGGGAAACAUUCUUGUUGCUAUUCUUUCGAACUACAUGGUGGACAUUGAUUGGCUGAAAACUGCUUGCCCAAAACUAUGGCAGAUUCCUCAUGUGCUUAUUGUCCACGGAGAAAGUGGCAGCCGUGUUGAUGAUUUGCAGAAGAAAAAACCUGUAAAUUGGGUUUUGCACAAGCCACCGCUUCCUAUUUCUUAUGGAACACAUCACUCCAAGGCAAUCUUUCUUGUAUACGAAAAAGGGGUGCGCAUCAUCAUACAUUCUGCAAAUUUAAUCUAUGUUGAUUGGAACAACAAAACUCAGGGAUUAUGGAUGCAAGAUUUUCCUUGCAAAAAUGUUAAGAACUUGUGUGAGAGCUCUUUGUUCGAGAGGGACUUAAUUGAUUAUCUCAGCGCUCUUAAGUUGCCUGGCUUAAAUGCAAAUCUGCCUAAAUUUGGCGAUGUGAACGUAAAUGCAUCAUUCUUCAAGAAGUUUGAUUAUAGCAAUGCUGCGGUACGGUUAAUUGCAUCAGUUCCUGGAUAUCAUUCAGGCCCAAAUCUCAAGAAAUGGGGGCACAUGAAAAUGAGAGUAGUUCUUGAAGAGUGUGAGUUCGACAAAGAGUUCUCUAAAGCUCCUCUUGCUUACCAGUUUUCAUCUUUAGGCUCAUUGGAUGAAAGGUGGAUGUCAGAGUUUGGCGCGUCCAUGUCGUCAGGAAUUUCACAUGAUAAAUCACCGUUAGGCCUAGGGAAGCCUGUAAUCAUUUGGCCAACGGUGGAAGAUGUUAGAUGCUCUCUGGAGGGUUAUGCAGCUGGUAGUGCCAUUCCAAGCCCACAAAAGAAUGUUGAGAAAGAGUUUUUGAAGAAGUAUUGGUCAAAAUGGAAGGCAGAUCACUUGGGUCGAUGCCGGGCAAUGCCUCAUAUAAAAUCCUACACCCGACAUAGCGCUCAAAAUAUUGCAUGGUUUCUUCUAACAUCAGCAAAUUUAAGCAAAGCAGCAUGGGGUGCACUGCAAAAGAAUAACUCUCAACUUAUGAUUCGCUCCUAUGAGUUGGGGGUGUUAUUCUUGCCAUCAGUUAUAAACAGCAAUCUUUCACAGUUUUCAUGCACUGGUAAUGCUGAUAUGAAGCAGAAAAAUGACCAGAUGGCUUCUGAGAACAUCAGAACGAAGUUGGUGACUCGGUGCUGGAACGGUGAGUCGGAUUCGUCAUCCGAGAUCAUCGUCCGUCUGCCGGUUCCAUAUCGACUUCCGGCCCAGCCUUACUGUCCCGAAGAUGUUCCUUGGUCAUGGGAUCGGCUACACGUUAAGAAAGACGUGUAUGGUCGAGUUUGGCCUUGAAUGUGGAUCGAGUUCAUCGGAUGCAGUAUAAAGUCAUUACCUCACAGUUGAUUCUUUAAACAACUGCAGUUGCCCCAAACAGAUCCUAAAUCACUACAACUCAUGCUUUUUGAGUAGUGAUAUACCCUUUCUGUCGCAAUGGAAGGGUGAAGCCUUGAAACACUUGCCUUAUAAGUUCUAAUUAAUUUUGUUGGUGCUAGUUAAAUAGAGUCGAAUAUGUGCUAAUUCAAACAAAAUGUUCAAUAUCAAAUUGAACAAGAAUGAACUUCUUGCGAGCUUGAUUCAAACACGAGCCAAUUUCGAUUACGAGCUAACACAAACUACUCUAGCACGAAUAGAGCUUUAGCUCGCUCAAACUCGGGCUCAUUUACACCACCUGCCUAUA